AUGCUUCAACGGCCCUCGCAUAUUAUCCCACCAUCAUCAUCAUCGUCGACGACGUUGCCACCGCAGAAAAACGGUGGUCCAGGAAAUAAUGCGCAACCCACACUCAUACCGACGCCAAGUCGCAAGUCGUCGACUGGGGGCUUCUCUGGAAGUUCAGGGAGCUCCAUGUCUGUAGCCGCCAGCCCGCAACCAGUCCAACCACCGACCACCCCUGCCGGCUCAGGAUUACCCUCGUUUCGCGCCCUACGAUCUUUGCUCCCGUUUGGACCUGGAAAGAAUGCCCCAGCAACGACGGCGACACCACCCAGCGUCGGCAGGAGCACAAGCUUUGGGUUUGGCUCUGUGCGCAAGUCGAUGACGAAAGAACCGCAGCGGAAAGGGUCCCUAUCGAGCCAAGGGUUGCCGCCCGUGAUAUCCAUAGAACGGUCCAAGAGCGAUUCACAGCUAGAAGACACGAGUAUACGGCGCUCGGUGUCGUUAUCACGUCUAGAUUCGACCUCCUGUUCCAGCGAGCAAGAUUUGACCUCAGCACCUGUCCUGAGGACACCUUCCCCGGGCUUACCUCUCUCCCUAGAACUAUCCACAAUCAUAGAAGCGGAUAGCUCAGGCAUCUCGAAGCACGCACUUUGUUUGACAAGCGAUUCAGGCUCCAGCGCGCCUCCCUCGCCGACGGUUGUUGGAAGGAACUUUCUGUCGUCCACCGAUGAAUCGAAACCGGCACCCGAACCUUCCGAUGGUGAUGCAGACACCUCCGGCUUGGAUCUAUCCCCCGCCCAACUUAACGAGGAAGUCCUCGCAGCUCUCAAUUCGACCGAUUCCCCUUCGGCAGUUAGGGACUGGGCAACCUCUGACAAAGCUGUCAUCAUCGACGCGGACGAGAGCUUUAGUCUUGAACCCAAUGGUCAAUCAGUUGACCCAGACCUGGCUGCUCUGCUGAGCCCAAACUCGAUCUCCCACCGACGAAACCCAUCCCUCCUUCCUAGACUGCGUAGCUCCUCCUCCAGAUCGCCGACAGGGUCUCCAAGUACACCGCGCUUCCCUCCAUCGCCUGUAACCCCGCCAAGUAUCGUAACAACCCCUCAAGCGUCCCCCUUCCACCCCUCUCCAGAUCUCUCCCCGACCACGCCUUCCGGCCCAUCCACCUCGACUCCCGCGGUUCGACGUACACUGGUAGCCAACCCAGGACGCACAUUUAACCCCCCAGCUUCAUCCUCCUUGUCUGCAUCCGCAGGUGCAAGAAUGCUCGGCUCCGACAACGCGAUGAAUAUUGGCAAAGGCAGGCCGCCUAGAACGCUCCGAAACAUCUUGCUGGGCCAUUCGCCUUCAUCACGCUCGGAUGCAGGCGAGGAUUCAUCGUCGUCCAACCUUCCUCUCCCCCGCAUCUCUCUCUCCACACCGCCAUCACCCACCCGCGUAUCUGCUCUCCAACGGGGUUCUCUCGACUCACGCCGGCCUCAGUGGACGCCUUCGUCAAAGUUUGAGACACCACGACGGCCCUCGCUCGAUACAGGACGAGCGCACAUGGACGGAACGCGUCGACCAUCCUUUGAACUUCGUCGAGGCGGGUCGGCACUAGCCUCAGCUAAACGACCGGGUUUGUUCGUCUCGAGAGCUUCGCCCUCACCCGAGCGCAGUUCAGCCACAAUCGAAAUCCACUCUCAUUCCUCCCCUUCAACCCCCAUCGACGAGUCCCCUGUUUCUCGAUACCGCCACCACCCUUCUCUAGACUCAACCGCCACACGCCCGUCGAUCGAUAGUCGGCCAGGUUCAGCUCUUCGGACGCGCGAACGUCAACGAACACCAUCAUUACAAACUGGAUCGGAGCACGCUAGCGUCGCAAGUGACGAUCGUCUCUCUCCCGGUUCCCACCUCUCUUUCGCGAAAGUGCGGUCCAGAAAGAGGAGUAUGAGCGUGCAGGAGCGCGGGCCUCCUCCCAGUAACAGCAGUAGUAAUAUUUCGGGUAUCAGCGAGUUUGGUGUCAACUCGUCGCGCCCGGGGACGAGCAUGUCUGGGAGCGCGAGAAGGGAUAGGGAUCUCACUCUCCCCCCUCGUCCGGAUUGGCUCGUCCGUCAUGCAGGCAAGGCGUUCCAGGCAGCUGGUCUCCUCGAUGAAGACCGCUCGACGGAGAGGGGGAGCACUACCUCCGAGCGCGACAGGGACCUCGUCCUCCGCUCGCGAAACCGCAGUGGAAGCCUCGCCAACCCCGGGAGCGUCCUCGCCCCGUCCCCACUCAGCAAUGGUGGCGGCAGCAGCAGUGCGACGAGGUUCAACUCUGUCCGCGCGUCGUCUGAGUACAACCCCAGCCAUCCCCGAUCGAACUCGCGGAUGGCGUUCUCGGAUGUUGGCGGGCCUACGAGACAUCGGCGGGGGAGUGGGUCGUUCUCCACUGGUCCUGGUGGUGGUGGCGGACUCAUCGAGAGCCCCACUUUCACCGGGUCGAGCGGGAGCAGGGAGUGGGAUAGCAAGGACACCCCCCGAUCUGCGACAUCCACUGCUGCCACCAGCAUAUCAGGCUACUUUGGUCGGGAGAGGAGCGACCGGGAUCGGGAUAGGGAACGCGAGAGGGAAAGGGAGCGAGAGAGGGAACGCGAACGCGAGGAACUUCGUGAUCUCCGUGAUAAACACCAGACGGAGAUGAGUGCUCUCUUGAGCGCGCUCACCGACUCUCAGCGCACGGCGCGCAUGCUUCGGGAGGAGAACGCGGAUUUGCGGGAUCGGCUUAGCCGGCUCUCGCAUUUGGAGCGGGAGAAUGAGGAGCUUAGGAGGAUGUGUAAUGAGCUUAGGAUGGAGUGCAUUGAGAGUAGUAGGACGAAUGGGGAGUUGAGGAGGGAGAUUUCGUCGUUGAAGUUGUCGUCGACGAGGGUGCCGCCUGUUUCGGCGGGGAGUAGUAGCUUUGCUUGGAAUAACUCGGCACUCAAGACUCCCAUUACGAAGCAACAUAAUGGGAGUGGGUAUUUCCGCCGUAGUAUGGAAUCGGAGCGGGAGCGAGACCGCUACAGCGCGCCUUCCUCGAGACGCAGCUCAUACGUCCAUCCUUCGCAUGACGACUCAGAAGACAUCCUGACGGCCGAACAUCUAACACCCAACGCGUCAAAUUCGACCUCGACGCUCCACCAGGCCCGGCGUCUCAGCAGCUCCUCUUCCAUUUUCCCGGUCCCGCCUGCCAACAUGACGAUGUUGAUCAACGAAGACCCGUCGCACGGUUUCGAUAGUCAUCCGGGGAGCAACAGGAGCAGCAUGGAGCGCUAUCGCUACCCCGCAAACCAGACCACACCGACCUCAAAUGGGAACGGCAUCUCACCCCCCACGCGCACCCACUCCCCUCUCCACAGGCACACCCGGUCCACUUCUCGGUCCUCGCUCAUCCCGAGGAUGCGGUCGCCGCCCUUGAUGCAGGACGGCGGGCGCAACCCACUGAACACGUCCGUCUCAUCCGCCAUGAGCGUGUCGACUGCAAACUUUUCGAUCAAUAGCGGUACGACUGGGAGCCCUGGGAGUUUGUUUUUGAAGCCGGAACAUGAGAUGUUCCUUGAUGAGAUGGAGAGUUUGGAUUUGGGCGCCAAGUUGGAGGAGUUGCAGCUUGGGAUGGUGCAUGAUCCUGAUGCGUGGUGA